AUGGCACUUAGUAGGGAGGCAGCACCGGGAGCUGGGAGGAGAGAGUUUGUUACUGAUGUUGAUCCACAUACUAACAUCGUUGCGGAGUCCGAGCGUCGUCUUGCAGUGCAUGGCGUGAUCCCCGUGUUUGGCGAGCUGAAGCCAGCUCUGACAACAGCUGAUGCAGCCCGGCUAUUCGCCGAGCACUUCGGCACUACUGCCUCUGCUGUCCGAGUAACAAGUCAUGGACCAUGUGAGUUUCUCUUGUUCUUCACUGAUGCAGCCAAGGCGAUGUCCAAGACCCUACCGUUCAAGGUCAGGGUGUACCUUGAGAGCGUUCCGGAGCAUGCACACGACGUCGUCUCCGUGUCUCCCUUGUUCGCCGGCAAAGCCAUGGUGGACUUCCAGGUUAAUAAACUAGCGAUGGAGGAGGACCAAUCUGCAGUACUGGUCGCUGAAGGUUCCAUCAAGAGCAUCAAACUUAGCCUAUCCACCGAGGCUGAGAUAUGUACUUACUCUAUAAACGACUGUCCUGUUACUCAUCCCAGUCAACUUGGGAAUCCUUUCCUUGGCUUACCACUUGAGUCAGGGAAAUGCGAGUCAUGUGGUGCCUCUGAAAAUGGCAAAUGCGAAGGGCAUUUUGGGUACAUUGAGCUGCCUGUGCCUAUAUAUCAUCCAUGCCAUGUCAGUGAACUUAGGCAAUUACUGACCUUGGUAUGUUUGAAGUGCCGUCGUAUGAAGAAAGCAAAGGGCAAACAGAGCAAUGGAAAGGAAAAUGUGUCAGUAACGGCAUGCCACUACGCUGACUGUCGGGCUCUCCCGGCACUAUCUGUGAAGGAAACCAAGACAACAGAUGGUGUUCGUUUAGAGCUGAAAGCAUCCCCGAAGAAACACAUGACGGAACGUUCUUGGAACUUCCUUGACCAAUAUGGAUUUCACUAUGGUGGAGCCUCCCACAAUAGGAUACUGCUUCCAGAAGAGGCUCUGAAUAUAUUGAAGAAGAUUCCAGAUGAGACGAAAAAAAAGCUAGCUGCACGGGGAUACAUUGCUCAGUCUGGUUAUGUGAUGAAAUAUCUUCCAGUACCCCCUAACUGCCUCUAUAUUCCAGAAUUCACAGACGGGCAGAGCAUCAUGUCCUAUGACAUCUCUAUAUCUUUAUUGAAGAAGGUACUUCAAAAGAUAGAGCAGAUAAAAAAAUCAAGAGCUGGUCCCCCAAACUUCAAAUCACAUGAUGUUGAAUCAAGUGAUUUACAACUUUCUAUUGGCCAAUACAUACAGCUCAGGGGUACUACAAAGGGUCCUCAAGACGCAAAGAGAUAUGCAAUUAGCACUGAUUCAUCGCAUUUAUCAACAAAACAAUGGUUAGAUAAGAUGAGGACAUUGUUCAUCAGCAAAGGGUCAGGAUUUUCAUCACGUAGUGUACUUACUGGAGAUCCUUACAUUGGAGUAGAUGUAGUUGGCCUGCCUUCUGAAGUGGCAAAAAGAAUAACUUUUGAAGAACAGGUUACAGACAUCAACAUUAACAGAUUGCAAGAGGUUGUUGACAAGGGAGACUGUUUGACCUACAGAGAUGGUGAAACAACAUAUGCAAUCACUGUAGGAUCAAAAGGAUAUACAACACUUAAAGUGGGUCAAACGAUCAGUAGAAGAAUCGUUGAUGGUGAUGUUGUGUUCCUGAACAGGCCACCUAGUACUCACAAGCAUUCUCUCCAGGCAUUUAAAGUAUACAUCCACGAUGAUCAUACAGUCAAAAUCAAUCCCCUUAUAUGCUCUCCUCUUGCAGCAGAUUUUGACGGUGAUUGUGUGCAUAUUUAUUACCCUCAGUCACUUGCUGCAAAAGCUGAAGCCUUGGAGCUUUUCAGUGUGGAGAAGCAACUGACGAAUUCACACAACGGAAAAAUAAACCUACAGCUAGCUAAUGACAGUUUGCUAGCUCUGAAACACAUGUCUUCAAGAACCAUGUUAAGCAAAGAAUCAGCUAACCAGCUGGCCAUGCUUCUGUCCCUUUCUCUUCCUGCCCCUGCUGUGGUCAAGUCAAAGCCAUACUGGACAAUCUCACAAAUAUUGCAAAGUGCGUUGCCAGCAGAAUUGACUUGUGAAGGGGACAGAUUCCUAGUCAAGGACAGCACCGUCGUAAAACUGGAUCUUGCAAAAGAAUCCGUCCAGGCCUCAUUCUCGGAUCUAGUGUCUUCCAUUAAUUGUGUAAAGGGUCCAGGAGAUGCACUCAAAUUCUUAAAUGCGCUGCAGCCCUUGUUGAUGGAAUUUUUACUUCUGGAUGGUUUUAGUGUAAGUCUGCAAGAUUUUAGUGUGCCCAAGAUUCUGUUGGAAGAAGCACAGGAAAGCAUAAAAAAACAGUCUGCUGUACUGGAGCAGUCAAGGUCCUCGAAAGGCCAGUAUGUGGAAAUGCGGGUUGACAACAAUCUAAAGGACGUCAAACAACAAAUUUCAGAUUUUGUCGUGAAGUCCUCUCAUCUUGGUCUUUUGAUUGACCCAAAGAGUGACCCAUCAGUGUCAAAAGUAGUUCAACAGCUUGGUUUUGUUGGUCUGCAACUCUACCGCGAGGGGAAGUUCUACUCGAGCCGUCUCGUGGAGGACUGUUUCUCAAAUUUUGUGAAUAGGCACCCACCUGUUGGAAAUGAAGUCCAGCAUCCUCCAGAAGCUUAUGGUCUUGUGCAAAGUUCAUAUUUCCAUGGUCUCAAUCCUUAUGAGGAGCUGGUACAUGCUAUAUCCACGAGAGAAACUAUCGUCCGCUCCUCAAGAGGGUUGACAGAACCAGGAACUCUGUUCAAGAGUCUAAUGGCCAUCCUGCGAGAUGUAGUUGUAUGCUAUGAUGGAACUGUGAGAAACAUCUGCAGCAAUUCAAUCAUGCAACUUAAGUACAGAGAAGAAGACGCCACCGAUUUUCCAAGUGAUAUAACUCCUGGAGAACCGGUGGGUGUCUUAGCUGCCACUGCUAUCUCCAACCCUGCUUACAAGGCUGUCUUGGAUGCUUCUCAAAGUAAUAAUACUUCAUGGGAGUUGAUGAAGGAAAUACUUCAGACGAAAGUUAACUAUAAAAAUGAUACAAAAGAUCGAAAAGUUAUCCUGUUUCUUAAUGACUGCUCUUGUCCCAAGAAGUUCUGCAAAGAAAAGGCUGCUAUUGCAGUACAGGGCUGUCUAAAGAAAGUCACUCUAGAGGACUGUGCCACUGAUAUCUGCAUUGAGUAUCAGAAACAAACAAGUUUAGAUGGAAUUUCAGAAGCUACCCCAGCAUUUGUUGGUCAUAUUCACCUUCAAAAGGCGCAUUUAGAAACGAUAAACAUUAGCACCGAGGAUAUUCUUCAUAAAUGCCAAGAAGUUUCUGUGAAACAUGGGAUGAAGAAAGGACAUCUUGCGCACCUGUUUAAAAAGAUUACUUUCUCUACUUGUGAUUGUUCCUUCACACAAAAGCCGAUUGAUGGGAAGGUUCCAUGUUUGCAGUUUUCUUUUUCUGAGGACAUUCCUAUGUUAUCUGAAUCCGUUGAGAAAGCUGUGAAUGUGCUAGCCGAUUCUAUAUGUGGUGUGCUUCUGGAUACUAUUAUAAAAGGUGAUCCUCGAAUUCAAGAGGCCAAAAUUACGUGGGUUGGGUCUGAUGCAACGUCUUGGGUAAAACACACAAAGAAGGCAUCAAAGGGUGAGCCAGCAGUAGAAAUUGUUGUUGAGAAAGGUGAAGCUUUGCAAAACGGUGACGCAUGGGGAAUAGCGAUGGAUGCAUGCAUCCCAGUAAUGAACCUCAUCGACACACGAAGGUCCAUACCUUAUGGUAUUCAGCAAGUGCGGAAACUUCUUGGCAUAGCAUGCUCCUUUGAUCAAGUUGUCCAGCGCCUUUCGACAACUAUGAAAACGGUUGCUAAAGGAAUUCUUAAGGACCAUCUGGUACUUGUGGCAAACAGCAUGACAUGCACCGGUAACUUGAAUGGGUUCAACAAUGCUGGUUAUAAGGCAACCUUCCGUUCAUUAAAAGUUCAAGUACCUUUUACAGAGUCCACCUUAUUCACCCCUAUGAAAUGCUUUGAGAAGGCUGCCGAGAAAUGCCAUUCGGAUUCAUUGGGUUGUGUGGUCUCAUCAUGUUCGUGGGGCAAGCAUGCAGCACUUGGCACUGGGUCAUCUUUUGAGAUUCUUUGGAACGAAAAUCAGCUAAAAAGCAACAAGGAGUAUGGUGAUGGCCUGUAUGAUUUCCUGGCCUUGGUGAGGACUGACCAAGAAAAGGCUAGAUACACAUUCUUGGACGAUGUGGACUACCUUAUUGAAGACAACGCGUUAUCACCAGAAUUGGAUGGUAUGCCUACUUUUGACGAUUGUCUUGAAGAACAGCCAACAGAUCAAGGCAAUUCGUCUUGGAAUGUCCCCGCGACAGUGGAGAAUGAAUCCGCUGAUUGGGGAGGCUGGGGCGCUGAAAAGGCGAAGGAUAAGAAGACUAUGCCAGAAGAACCAGCUGGACUCAAUACUUGGGCUGAUCAGAGUGCUAAGAAGGAUACAGAUGGAGGCGGUCGUAACUGGGGAAGCAACCAGCAGAUCAAGAUUCAUCUUGGAAUGUGCCUGCGGCAGUGGAGAAUGAAUCAGCUGAUUGGGGGGGCGCUGAAAAGGCGAAGGAUAAGAGGACUAUGCCAGAAGAACCAGCUGGACUCAAUACUUGGGCUGAUCAGAGUGCUAAGAAGGAUACAGAUGGAGGUGGUCGUAACUGGGGGAAGCAACCAGCAGAUCAAGAUUCAUCUUGGAAUGUGCCUGCGGCAGUGGAGAAUGAAUCAGCUGAUUGGGGGGGCUGGGGCAGUGAAAAGGGAAUGGAUAAGAAGAGUGUUCCAGAAGAACCAGCUGAAAUCAACACUAGGGCUGAUCAGAGUUCUAAAAAGGAUUCAGAUGGAGGUGGUGGUAACUGGGAAUUCUGAUGGAGGUGAUGGUACCUGGGAAAAGCAAGCCAGCUCUUGCAAGAAAAAUGUUGACCAGGCCUCUUGGGGAAACGAGCCAGUGCCACCGUCAAGAAAUACAUGGGACGACAAGGCGUCUAAGCCGCAUACUGAUGCACAUAAUGAUUCCUGGGGAAGUGUGGCAGCUAAUACUCGGACUUGUACUGCAAAAGAUGUUCCUUGGGGAAGUACUCAAACUUCUUCUGCUGAGCAUAUGGAUGCACAGAAUGAUUCCUGGGAGAAUGUGGCUGCAAAGGCUGCUUCACUGUCAGAUAAUGCAUGGAAUGCUGCUCCAGUUUCCCAGGGAAAUGAGAAUUCAGAAGCAAAGGAGCCAGAUGCUUGGGAUGGCUGGGGUUUUGCUCAAGCCAAGGACUCCAGUACUGAUGAUUUGAACAAGAGCGAUGCUUCUAACAAUAGCAAAGGCUGGAAAUCAGAUGGAUGGGCUGCCAAAGAAAGUCGGAGAGACCAAAGAGACAAUCUGGGUAGGCCCCCAAUGAGACCUGUGGAGAGGCCACCAAGACCACGGUUCGAACUACCAGCUGAUGCAAAAACGAUUUUACACGAAAUUGAACCUAUUGUAUUAUCGGUCAGAAAGAUCUUCCGUGAAUCAUGUGAUGGUGUAAAUCUUUCCCUGGAGGAUGAGAAGUUUAUCAAGGAGAAGAUUCUGGAGCACCAUCCUGAAAAGGAUAAGAAGCUGUCCUCUGAAACUGAUCAUAUAGUGGUUAACAAGCACCACACGUUCCAGGAGAGUCGCUGCUUUUACGUGGUGUCAUCAGAUGGAACACAGACAGACUUCUCCUACAUCAAGUGCCUGGACAAUUACGUGAGGAAGAGCUAUGCAGAAGAGCCCGCCGAACUGGUCUCCCAGAUGUACUUCCAGAGGCGCAACCGUGAUCGAGCACCAGCUGAGGCUUCUCAACCAACUCUAGCAGAGACCUCACAAGCCACUCCACAGGAGGCUCAGCUAGAGACUCCAGCCCCACUUGCAGAAACAGCUUCACAAGAGGCUCUGGCUUCUCCGUCAGCGACCCAGCAAGAGACCCCAGCGGCGACUCCUCAGGAGACUCCGGCAGCGACAGAGACCGCCCCAGCGGCGACUCCACAAGAGACUCUGGCAGCGACAGUCAACAAGUGGGCUGAAAAGCCAGAUUCUGAUUCAGCGUGGGGCGCAGGAGCCUCCGAUGAUAAGUGGGCCUGAUGAUGUCUUAGGCGUGGUGUAGAAGCAACUGAACCAAUGUACAUGCAAGCCUAGCUCUCAUGUUAGCAUGGCAUAUGCUAAAACCUUUCUGCUUCGCCCUGACUUACGUGUAGAGGGUUGACAGUACCAGUCUUUCAGAAUGGGCUGUGUUUCCUGUGUCCCUUCCAGACAAGCUCUACAUUCCGGGAGAUGGAAUCGUGUGCUGCCAUCUGUAGUAAUCGAGACUAGUUUCGACCUGUCUUUGAUCUCCUUGGUUGCUGGAUAUCAUAGUUUGAAUGAUCUGAUGCUAGUCGUAUCUUGUGGUUGCUGUUUGUAAGGCUUCGUACCAUCACUUUAUCUGGUGCUGAAACUUACAGAGCUUCGGAGUUUGACUUGGUGCUACCAUGUGACUG